CAUCCUGUUUUCAGCCACUGGUAGUGCAUGGCGGCUUAUCCUGACUCUGUCCUGAAGUGAGGUGGGAAAACUGUUCAAUAAUCCAUCAUCAUUAAGACAGACAAGGUCUGCAGGUGAUAAGGAAUCCAACAUGAAUGGGCAGCUGGACUUAAGUGGGAAGCUGAUAAUCAAAGCUCAGCUUGGGGAAGAUAUUAGAAGAAUUCCUAUUCAUAACGAAGAUAUCACCUAUGAUGAAUUGGUGCUUAUGAUGCAAAGAGUGUUUAGAGGAAAGCUUCUGAGCAAUGAUGAAGUCACAAUAAAAUACAAAGAUGAAGAUGGAGAUCUUAUCACAAUUUUUGAUAGCUCAGAUCUUUCCUUUGCAAUUCAAUGCAGUAGGAUACUCAAGCUGACAUUGUUUGUGAAUGGACAACCAAGACCCCUAGAAUCUAAUCAGGUGAAAUACCUGCGUCGAGAGCUGAUAGAACUUCGCAACAAAGUCAAUCGUUUAUUGGACUGUUUAGAACCACCAGCUGAACCUGGGCUUUCCACUAAUCUGCCUGAAAGUGAUGCUGUAGAUGGUAGGGAAGAAAAGCCUGCUGCUACUGACUCUAAUGUUAAGCCAUCUACUCAAGUAAUAGCAGCAAGUAUGUCUGCAUUUGAUCCACUAAAGAACCAGGAUGAAAUCAGCAAGAAUGUCAUGUCAGCAUUUGGCUUGACAGAUGAUCAGGUGUCAGGACCACCCAGUGCCCCUGCAGAAGAGCGAUCGGGAACGCCGGACAGCAUUGCUUCCUCCUCUUCUGCAGCCCACCCCCCUGGUGUUCAGGCACAGCAGCCACCAUACCCUGCUACACAGCCACAGACUGGUCAGGUGGAAGGUCAGAUGUAUCAACAGUACCCACAGCCUGGUUACCCUGGCCAGCAGCCGCAGGCUCAGCCUCAGCAGCAGUAUGGUAUGCAGUACCCAGGCUUCACCCCCCCGCCCGGCAGCACCAUGACCCCCCCGCCCGCCGGGCCCAACCCCUAUGCCCGCAGCCGGCCUCCCUUCCCCCAGGGCUACACCCAGCCUGGACCUGGCUACCGGUAA